AUGGAGGCAAAACGGAAAAGGAUCGCUGUAGCAUUGAUCCAGGAGCCGUACGUGGGACCGGAUAAAAAAGUAGAGGGUUACAAGGGGGCAAGGAUUUUCCAAUGUUUACGUAAUGAGGGAGAGACAACUAAGGCGGCGGUGGUUGUCUUUGAUAGCGGCAUCGAUAUAACUCAAUUUCCUGAAUUGACGACCCCCAAUGUCGUGGUGGUAGGGCUUCGAACACGUGACUUGGAAAUCGUUCUGGUGUCGUAUUACUUCGAACCCGUUCCCCAUAACCUAACUCCGUACAUGAGUCAUCUGAUGCGAAUACAUGAGACCUUACAGCAAAAUAUUAUCAUAGCAGGAGACGCGAACGCUAAAAAUAUCUGGUGGUGCAGCCAAAAACCGAUCCAAGAGGUGAGGAGGUAG